CCGGCUGCUACACGCGCCUGCUCAUGUCCUUUCUUUAGCUAGCUCACAGCGCCACACCUGUGUCCCACGCUGAAACUCCAUACUCUAAUCAAAAUGACAAUGGCAAUGUCAAUCUCCUUGCUCACCUCAUCCUUGUCUUCGCUUUCUUUCUCUUCUCAGAUUUCGGAAAAACCAAACACCCUCUCACUUUCCCGUUCAAAUUCCCUUUCGCUCUCGCUUUCCUCCAAACCUGCUCGUCUUCUUGUCUCCGCCACUGUUGCGUUGCCAGUCGAAUCCGAGGCCACCGAUAUCAAGAAAUUAGUUAAGUCGAGGCUACCCGGUGGAUUCGCUGCUCAACCAAUCUUCGGCACCGGUCGCCGUAAAUGCGCCAUUGCUCGAGUCGUUCUUCAAGAAGGCACAGGCAAAGUUAUCAUCAAUUACCGCGACGCCAAGGAAUAUCUUCAAGGUAACCCUUUAUGGCUUCAAUACAUAAAAGUCCCAUUGGUAACUCUGGGGUAUGAGAGCAGCUAUGAUGUAUUUGUCAAAGCUCAUGGGGGUGGCCUCUCUGGUCAGGCACAGGCAAUCUCCCUUGGCAUCGCCCGUGCAUUGCUGAAGGUGAGUGAGAACCAUAGAUCCCCUUUGAAAAAGGAAGGGCUACUGACUAGGGAUUCAAGGGUAGUUGAGAGGAAGAAGGUUGGUCUGAAAAAAGCUCGCAAGGCUCCACAGUUUUCUAAGCGUUGAAGUUUAAUGUUAUUGUUAUUCUUCUAAGUAGCAGCUUUUGUUUGUAUGCAUCUCUGUCGUGCUGUAUUUUAAGCAAACUAUUUUACUUCAGCAAUUCAUAAAGUAAGAUUUGCAUUGUAAAAAACAAAUUUUUUUAAUAAAACCCUUCAAUUUUAGAUAGAA